UUGGAAUUGUGACUUCAGCAUAAGCGGACGUGAGUGCGGAUCGGGCCUAGCAUAGCUAAGAGUUAAAGUGCGAAUCGAAAGAGAGAUACAUAGAGAAAUUCAUAGGAAUUCCAUUUGCACUUGUUUUGUGUUCGGCUCAUUUGAUAUGCACAGCUGAGCCCCUCAAUAAAAGUUAUCAAAUUGUGCAUGCUGAAUGCCAUUUUGACUGGUGUGCCACAAAGCCACAAAGCCCCUUAAUCAACCAUUCCAGCCGCGCAUGCGCAGUGAAUACGAAAAACUCCCCCGCACGUGCCUCGAGUGUAAUUCGCGACUUCACUCAACUCGAUUGAGUGCCAAGGCCUGGGGCAAACCGUCAACUAACUCUGGGUCAUCCAUCCAUCCAUCAACAUGACAUCUGCUCCUGGACUCCCACACAUGGAUCGCCCACUGUUGGCUUUCUAUCAGUUUUUCCUCGACCUGAUUAUAUUCGCCAUUAAAUCGGUGUUUUAUAUACUGGAAACGCUCUACUAUACACUGCUGCCCAUGCGUUUUAGAAAGUUGAAGAACAUCUCCGGGCAGGUGGUGCUCGUCACUGGUGGAGGCGGCGGCGUUGGUCGUCUGAUAGCGCUCAACUUUGCUCGACUGGAGGCGCGAAUUGUCAUCUGGGAUAUCAAUCAAGAAGCCAUCAAGACAACGGUGGAUCUGUUGGCCAAGCAUGGCUACAACAACUGCAAGGGCUAUGUGGUGGAUAUAUCCGAUCGGGAGCAGAUCUAUCAGCGCGCAGGACAAGUCAUCGAGGAAGUGGGCCCCGUGGAUAUAUUGAUCAAUAAUGCAGGAAUUGUGUGCUGCAAACCAUUCUGGGACCUGCACGAUCGAGUCAUCCAGAACACGUACAACAUCAACAUCAUUUCGCACUACUGGACGGUGAAGGCAUUCCUGCCGCACAUGAUGCGCCACAAUCGCGGGCACAUUGUCACCGUGGGCUCUGUCACUGGCAUGCUCGGCACCUAUGGCUGCAGCGAUUAUGCGGCCACCAAGUACGCGUGCAUUGGCUUCCACGAGAGUCUGCUGACGGAUCUGAAGGCCCAUGGCUAUGAUCAGGUACAGAUGAGUCUUAUUUGCCCGUACUACAUCAACACGGGCAUGUUCUCGGGCGUGCGUCCACGCAUGCAGCCCAUGCUGGAGCCGCAGUAUGUGGCCGAUCGCAUCGUGCAGGCUGUGCGCUGCAACGAGGUUUGGUGCGUGCUGCCCAACUCCAUACGCCUGCUGACGCCACUGAAAUGUCUUUUGCCCGCCAAAAUGUGCUGGGAGCUGAUGUCACGCGUCAUACGCGGCCCCGAGUCCAUGAUGAUGUUCCAGGGACGUGGACGUGUGGCCGCUGGCUAGUCUGGACACCUCCGAUACGAGUUACAAUUGGGAAAUCCUUCUAGCUUAAGUCUUUUAUCUAUAAUUGUUAUGUUAAACUAAGUAAAACGAUUCAGGAAACGGA